AUGGACGCCCCGCCCGAGCAGCAGCAGCCCGUCGCCGACGCCCAGGACGCGCAGAAACACGCGGAGCACACGCUCGACGUCGACGCCGACGCCAGCAGCAGCACCGUCACCGCCAACCCCGUCUCGCCGCCGCCGCACUUCCACCCCAGCAACGCCAGCAGCAACGGCUACACCCCCGACCCCCCGCGGCCCUCGACCUCGUACUCGGACACGGGCUACCAGUACCCCCACCAUGGCGCCCGCUUCAACUCGUCCGACGCAGACACCCCGCCGCGCCACCCCUACCACGACGGCACCAAGGAGACACACAUGGCCCACCCGCACUCGCGCCCCUCGUCGCAGAUGGGCCGCUACUCCACCUCGGACGCCGGCGCCCGCUCCAACUCGUACCAGGACCAGAACGCCCGCGGCGCGCAGCCCGCCCAGGAGCCCGCCAAGAACUCCAGCGUCGUCAUCAAGGUCGGCAUGGUCGGCGACGCCCAGAUCGGCAAGACCAGUCUGAUGGUCAAGUACGUCGAGGGCAGCUGGGACGAAGACUACAUCCAGACCUUGGGCGUCAACUUUAUGGAAAAGACAAUCUCCAUUCGAAACACGGAAAUCACCUUCUCCAUCUGGGACCUGGGCGGCCAGCGCGAGUUCGUCAACAUGUUGCCGCUCGUCUGCAACGACGCCGUCGCCAUCCUCUUCAUGUUCGACCUGACGCGCAAGAGCACACUCAAUUCCAUCAAGGAAUGGUACCGCCAGGGCCGAGGCUUCAACAAGACUGCCAUUCCCUUUCUCGUCGGCACAAAGUACGACCACUUUGUCAACUUCCCCCGCGAGGAGCAGGAGGAGAUCUCCAACCAGGCCAAGCGCUUCGCCCGCGCCAUGAAGGCCAGCCUCAUCUUCAGCAGCACAAGUCACAGUAUCAACGUGCAGAAGAUCUUCAAGAUUGUCCUGUCCAAGGCAUUCGACCUCAAGUGCACCAUCCCGGAGAUAGAAAACGUCGGCGAGCCUCUCCUCCUCUACCAGGCCGUCUAG